GGGGUUGCGGGGCGGGUAAGCGGUGCCUCAGGCCGUUCCUUGCAGCGGAGGGAGGAGCAGGCGGUUGGGCGGGUGCCGGUCGCGGAGCCCGGGAGUAGGGCCGCGACUGAGCGUGUUGGAGCAGGGCAAAAGGCUCUUCCGUGUCCCCUUGCGACGGAUCGGGGCAGGGGCCCCCCUGGCGACCGCUCUGAGGGGAGGUGUGUGAGGAGCACCCCCAGGCCCACCGCCCAGCGAAGCUGUAGUGGUUAAGGGAGCGGUAUCCAAACCGAAGGUUUGACUCGGUGGGACCGGGUAACGUCAGGAGAUGUCAACUCCCCCUCUGGCUGGGGCAGGCAUGCCGCCCGGUGCUUUCUCGGGGACGCAGGCUCAAGCAGCUCGGGAGGUAAAUACAGCCUCUCUCUGUCGAAUUGGCCAGGAGACAGUGCAGGACAUUGUAUUUCGAACCAUGGAAAUCUUCCAGUUACUGAGGAACAUGCAGUUACCGAAUGGUGUUACUUAUCAUACUGGAACAUAUCAAGACAGACUGGGAAAGCUGCAGGAACAUCUCCGUCAGCUAUCAAUACUCUUCAGAAAACUGAGAUUAGUCUAUGACAAAUGCAAUGAAAACUGUGCUGGGCUCGAUCCUGUUCCCAUAGAACAACUUAUUCCAUAUGUUGAAGAAGAUGGCUCCAAGCAUGAUGAUCGUGGUGCUGCAAGUCAGCUUCGUUUUGCUACUGAAGAGAGAAGGGAAAUCAUGGAAGUAAAUAAGAAACUGAAACAGAAGAAUCAGCAGCUGAAGCAGAUCAUGGAUCAGCUACGGAAUCUUAUUUGGGACAUAAAUGCCAUGUUGGCAAUGCGGAACUGAACAAGGAAAAUCAAACUGGAAAAAAUACAAAUUUGUUUGGAUAUAUGUAAUUUCUUUCAAAGUAACAUGUUUUCCCACAACCAUAUUGCAGUAAUGUUUGAAAAGUCUUCAAGAUUAAAAUGUUGGGUUUUUGUAAUAACUUAAAUAGUGUUGGCUUUGUUUUUAUAAAAGAUUCAUCCUAGAGGUUUUACUUAGAGAGAUUUGCUUAGGCUGAAUAUAAUACAGCCUUAGUAACUUACAGUAAUAUUUUGGAUUGCUAUGCAAAUGGGGGUUUUUAUAAAUUUAGUGUUUCUGGAUAUUUUUUAUAAUACAGUUAACACUGUUUUAAAAACAGGUGUUUGCAUGCCAUUCAUGCAAACUGCCUCUACAGACAGGAGAAGUUGCAAUACAGAAAAGUUGUUCUAGUAAGCUACAUGUGAUAUAAUAUAUUAAAUAAGUGAUCAGAUAUUACAAUGCAGUAUGUUUCCCCGUUGUGGGGACAUACACUACAAGCUGCUAUGCCAUAUAUGUUCAUUUUAUUCCAUAUCCUGUCACUGGAUAUAUGUUACAUGAGAUAAAUUAGAGCAAAAUUCAAAAACUACAUAAAAUUACCCCUAUAUCCUUAUGGAUAUAAUUAAGUCUUUUUAAGUGAGGACUACAUACAUAUAUCCUCAACAUUAACUUCUUCUGUAACUAUGUGUUAUAAUUUCUUGAGUACUGCUCCAGCUAUUGUAUGGUGUAAUAUUCCCAUAGCAUUAUGUAUGGUUGGAAUACUUCAGUUUUGUUUACCAGAAUGCACUGAAUAAAUGCCUCAUUAAUCUUUUCCCUAUGACUGCCAGUCCUAGAAAACUGGUGUAUAUGAGCAGUUCAUUAUUUUGUGUUAAUCAUCAACCUUCAUCUUUGUUUGUUCUGCCUCUGGUAUUCCUUACAAUUUCCAUUAGCCCUGAAAAUAUUCCUAAUAAUUUUUGUUAUCCACAGAUGAUGCCAGUGGACUAUAUGUCUCUUUUUCCAGAUGAAAGAAUAUGUAAAGUAACACUGUUUCAGUACAAAUUCGUAGGGUGCACUACUGUUAGUAUUUGUCAAGUUGAAAACUGACCAUCAUGAUUUGCUUCUUGCAUAUUACUUUUCACUCUCAUUCCAUGCCAAGUCAGAUUCCUUAAUAGUUUUGUGUGAAAGAUUUGUGCAGAACCUUCUGAAGAGUCCAGUUAAAUGGUAUCCUUUUAAAAGAUAUACUUUUCAUAGUAUGGAGUUUUGAUACUGAAUGCUUACUGAUUUGAUAUAUAUAGUUUUAAAAUUAUUAUAAAUGUUUAAAAAAUGCUAUACUGGUUUGUUGUUCUAUCAGUCUUUUUUAUUUUGGUUUUUAAUAAUUUCAACCCAUUUGUCUACUCCUUCGGGUAAAAAUCACUGGCAUGUAAUAGAUCUGGUCACACCUGGUUAACAAUAUAUGAAUUUUCCCUGAAAUUAGGUACAAUAUAGUUGUCUCUUAUUUCUCCUUUUGAAGGCUUUAAAUCUUAACAGAUGAAUGGAUGCCGAGUCAUAUAAUUGCAAAUAAACAGAGUUAGAAAAAUGUUCAUUUUUAUUAGUUUACCCAGUGUUGAAAGUGAUACGUAACUAUGAUAAUACCUAGAUGUGAGUAGAUGUCAAAACACCUUACAAAUAAGGUCACUUUCUUUUCUCCCAUACUACAAAUGGAAGAGUGGUUAGCUUACUCAGUGGCAAAGCUAGCAGCAGAACUGUUCGUUUCCCGUGUAGAUUGACCACUAUGGCAGCCUUGUUGGUCAGAAAUAAUGGUGGAUUUCUGCAGCUGUGAGAGACAUAACAAUUUCAUAUACAAAGCUUUUGAAAAGGAGAUGAAGACUGCAAGUAGAGAUUUUGUUUUGUUUCUUUAAAAUGCAGGUGCAUUUUUGUAUUUGCAAGGUGUAGAGUGGCAGCCUUCUGUUUAGUGUAUGUAUAAGCAUGCAUCCAGCCUAGAAGAAGUAUUUGAAGUGGAUUUUGAAAUGGCACCAACAUCUCAAUUGUGAGUGUAAAAUUCUCAGUAAUUAGUAUUUUGUUCUAUUUUUGGAACAAUUAUGGAAAAUGGAGAUUAGUCUGGACUGCUCUACUGCCUGUAUACUAUCUAUGUAUUCUUACUAAAUGUCUUUAAAGUUUGUUGACUUUUUUAUUGCAUAUAAACAGUGCAGAAGUAACCUAAUAUGUGAAUAAGAGUGCAAAUAUUGCAAGUAGAUGUCUGGCCGAUACAAUAUUUAGCUUACUCUGUGCAGCUGCUAGCAGUAGCCAAGGUUCAUACUACAAUUUUUCAUCUGGGAGAGAGGAGAAAACGCUUUAAACCACUACCAGAAUAGAUAGCGCAGUAGCUAAAUUGCAAAGUGCAGAAAUUGACAGAAUUGUAAAUUAUCACAGUAAAUACUGUCAAAACAGGAACUUUGCAAGGUGUUGGACCAAAACCAUACACUUUGACUUACACAGGUGAAAGUAAGGGUAGUGAAUAUAAUUCAUAUGCUACCAGAUCCAUGAAUAAGUAUAGGAUUUGACCAAGAAGAUGACAGUUUUAAGAAAACUGGCAAUUCCUCAGCUGUGAAACACUUCUAAAGGAAUUACUGGGCAUCAACAUGUGCUGAAAUUUAAUAUUUUAGUAAAUCCUAACUGAACUUUAACUGCUGGUUAAUGAAAUGGCACCAAAUGAAGUAUUUACAAAUACCAGCAAAGCAAUACCACCACACGUUUCAAUGUUUUGUUUAUAUAUCAUUGACUAGUUCUGUAUUUCUGAUUAAGCAGAAGCUGGAUAAAAGUACAGUCACAGGAGCAGAUACCAGAACCUAGGAUGGUUCCAUUUUUGGAAUAUAAAAAUAUUUGAGGGAGUUGGGGUUCUUAGGGCUGUAUUUUGCCCAGAGAGGACUUGAGGCAGUGGAGCUAGGAUGCUGAAUUCUUUAUAGCAUAUUUGUGGGAGCACCCCAAGUUAACACAUGCUCUCAAAAUGAAACCAUUAAUCCAAUACCUUUGUAGACAAUAUAAUAGAUAUUGAAUGUUUGGUUCAGUGUCACAACACAGAAGAUGCCUGCUAGGCAGUAUGCAAAGGUCCAAGGUUUUUCUUCCAUAAAAAGACAAGAGUGUGGAGCAGUUUUAUGCCAUGUUCAGGAAAGAUGCAAGGAGUUUACCUUUCCUCUUGUCUUCCAUUGAGGCAGCAAGGCCACAUCCAGAGUGCUUCAAUAAACCAUUACAGUUUUUGUUGUCCUGUAGAAGAAACACUGCUCUGAUUAUAGUAUUUCUUACUGGUGGAGAAAUUGGAACUUGUGCACAAGUGCUACUUAAAUUAAUCACUCUAAAGUAUGGAUUUAGGUGGAGUAGGACAAGGAUUCUGGUCUCAUAGGAACCAAGAUUUCAUCGAUGUGCAAGAUGGCUGCACAAGCCAAAAAGACGACAGCUGAAGGAUGACUGACAACUGCUGUGGAAAACAGUAAGCUCCAGAUGUAGAUUUGAAGAUCUGAAGUUAAGAAAAAACAUCAAAAAAAGAUGCAAUGACACCCAAGGACACUGAGUCAACUGAGGUUUACAGAGGAUGGAUUAGUUUAAUUACUUCAUGCUAACAAAGGAAAUGGGGAAUUAUAAAGGAAUUUACAAAUACAUCAGUGUAGAAAAAAAUAUCUGGGGAAGAAAGUUAGUAGUUUGCUCACUCUCCUUAUUUAAUAGUAAUGAAGACUGAUAUGGUAGAUCAUCAGGGCUUUAAAAGAGAAGGUUUUUUGCUGAGUUGGAAGGUUACUCUAUGCAUAAAAAUAACAAGCUGGCUGAUAUGUAUUACAGGAUAUUAAUUAAACUGAUGAAAAACAUGUACCAAUGCCAGUUUUUAUUUAAGAAAAUGUAAUGGAUAACUG